UAGUUUCAACUUUCAGCCUCGCAUGGCGGGAAAAGGCCACGGCCAAUGUUGUCUCACGCGCCUCUCCACUGCUCUGCUUCUCCUUCAAUAGAACUCCCAGUCCCCGCCAUUUUUCCGCCCCUUUGAUUCCCUUCGUUUCAAAUUCUCCUUGGCCGCGAUUCCGUCUCAAGAAUCAGUAGAGCUUCGUCAAAAUUUUCUGCGAGGUUUAGGGUUUUAAUCCUUCAAUUCCCAAAUGGGGAGCAAGAUCAGCGAUGAACUCGUAUCCACGGUACGGUCCAUCGUUGGUCCCGACUUCUCCCAUAUGGACAUCAUCAGGGCUCUCCACCUGGCCAAGAACGACGCCACCGCCGCCAUUAACAUUAUCUACGAUACGCCCUCUAGUUUCAGUACGAGGGAUAAACCGCGAAUUCAGGAAAAUUCUGAUGUUGCUAAUGAGAGCAAGCCUGUAGCCUCUACGUCGAAGAGGAAAAUUCGCAAUGAGGGCAUGAACUCCCCGUCGCCUGACGAGGUUACUUGUAGUCGAAGUCCGUGUAUUGUUGGGGACAAGGAUGCUGUUAUGGAAACCUCCACUCCAUGUUCGAGUUCGAUUGGGAGUGAGUGGUGGCUCGUUGGCUGUGCUGAAGUGGCUGGGCUGUCUACGUCUAAAGGGAGGAAGGUGAAGCCUGGCGAUGGAGUGGUGUUCAUGUUUCCUUCGAGGAAUGGGUCUAAAACGCCAUUACCGGCUAAGGUUUUCGGGAAGGGAAGGCACAUGGCCAAUUUUUCGGAGAUUGUGAGGUUUUCUACAAAAGAUUCUGGGGAGAUUGGUCGAAUACCCAAUGAAUGGGCUCGAUGCCUGUUGCCGUUGGUGAGGGAUAGAAAGGUCAGGGUAGAGGGUUUAUGUAAAUCUGCUCCGGAACUGCUGGCCCUAAUGGAUACGGUAAUUUUAUCUGUAAGUGUAUACAUUAACAGCUCCUUGCUUCGUAAACACCAGCAGACCUCUCUUAAGGCAGCUAGCAAUGCAGCUGCGGAAUCAGUUAUUCAUCCUCUCCCAACUUUGUUCCGGCUUCUUGGCUUGACACCUUUGAAGAAGGCUGAAUUUACUCCAGAAGACUUGAGCGGACGAAAGCGACCAUUGGACUCGAAGGUUAGUUAUAGUCUGCCGUCCUCAUUAGCCCGUACCUUGAAGAGUUGUUCUCAAAAUGAUAAUGAGACUGAAAAUGGAGAGUCAAUCUCAGAUGCUGAGAUUGAGAAUAUUGUUGGUGUUGGAGACACUUCAGAGCUGGAGGAAAUGGAUCCACCUAAUGCCCUCCAAUGUGAACUUCGGCCAUACCAAAAGCAGGCUCUUCAUUGGAUGAUAUAUCUGGAGAAAGGAAAGUGCAUAGAUGAGGCUGCAACAACUCUUCAUCCAUGUUGGGAGGCCUAUCGCCUUGCAGACAAGAGGGAGCUUGUCAUCUAUUUAAAUGCUUUUUCUGGUGAUGCAACGACCGAGUUCCCAAGCACUCUCCAAAUGGCCAGAGGAGGGAUUCUGGCCGAUGCCAUGGGCCUUGGGAAGACCAUCAUGACCAUAUCCCUUCUUCUUGCUCAUUCAGAAAGAGGUGGGACAUCCAGUAGUCAGCUGACACCUACCUCCGUUGAAGGUGGUGAUGGCAGUAUGAACCAAUCUUCGAAUCCUUCGAAGAAGGCAAAGAUUACAGGUUUUGAGAAGUUGUUGCAGCAGAGGAAUACCCUAGCAAGUGGUGGCAAUUUGAUUAUUUGUCCCAUGACCCUUCUAGGACAAUGGAAGGCAGAGAUUGAAGCUCAUGUGCGGCCUGGAUCUCUGUCUCUGUACAUUCAUUAUGGUCAAACUAGAUCAAAGGAUGCAAGAGCUCUGGCACAGAGCGAUGUUGUAAUCACUACCUAUGGGGUUUUAGCUUCAGAAUUUGGUGCAGAGAAUGCUGAAGAAAGUGGAAUAUAUUCAGUUAGGUGGUUUAGGGUUGUUCUUGAUGAGGCUCACACUAUUAAGUCCUCUAAAAGCCAAAUAUCUGCUGCUGCUACUGCACUAGCUGCUGACCGUCGCUGGUGUCUUACUGGCACUCCUAUCCAGAACAACCUGGAGGAUAUCUUCAGUCUUCUUCGGUUUUUGCGGAUUGAACCUUGGGGAAAUUGGGCAUGGUGGAAUAAAAUUGUUCAAAAGCCAUUUGAGGAGGGUGAUGAGAGAGGGAUAAAAUUGGUUCAAACCAUCUUAAAACCAAUCAUGCUGAGGAGGACCAAAUAUAGUAAAGAUCGAGAAGGCAGGCCAAUUUUAAUUCUUCCUCCAGCUGACGUUCAGGUGGUUUACUGUGAACUUACAGAUGCUGAAAAAGACUUUUAUGAGGCACUCUUCAAAAAAUCCAAGGUGAAAUUUGAUCAAUUUGUUGAGCAAGGACGUGUCCUUCACAAUUAUGCAUCAAUACUGGAGCUACUUUUACGUCUUCGGCAAUGCUGUGAUCAUCCCUUUCUUGUGAUGAGUCGAGGUGAUACUCAGGAAUAUUCUGAUCUAAAUAAGCUAGCAAAGCGUUUUCUUAAAGGCAGUCUAAACAUACAGGAAGGAGAAGGUAGAGACGUGCCUUCUCGUGCUUAUGUCCAAGAAGUCAUGGAAGAGCUUCGAGCUGGUGAACACGGAGAAUGUCCAAUAUGUCUUGAAGUAUUUGAAGAUGCAGUAUUGACACCAUGUGCUCACCGUUUGUGCCGGGAGUGCCUUUUGGCAAGUUGGAGAAACUCUAGUUCUGGUUUAUGUCCAGUUUGUAGGAAAAUCAUCAAUAGACAGGAUCUUAUAACUGCUCCAACUGAGAGCCGUUUCCAGAUUGAUAUUGAGAAAAAUUGGAUUGAAUCGUCCAAAGUUGUGRCUCUGAUGAAUGAACUUGAAAUUAUUCGUUUGUCCGGGUCAAAGAGUAUUUUAUUCAGCCAGUGGACUGCCUUUCUUGAUCUUUUACAAGUUCCUCUUUCUCGGAGUAACAUUCCUUUUCUUCGUCUGGAUGGGACUUUAAAUCAGCUGCAGAGAGAAAAAGUAAUUAAAGAGUUUUCAGAGGAUAAUGGAAUUCUGGUGUUGUUGAUGUCACUAAAGGCUGGUGGAGUUGGAAUAAAUUUGACAGCUGCUUCAAAUGCCUUCGUACUGGACCCAUGGUGGAAUCCAGCAGUUGAAGAACAAGCAGUUAUGCGGAUUCAUCGCAUCGGGCAAACUAAGAGUGUUAAAAUAAAGCGUUUUAUCGUGAAGGGUACUGUGGAGGAAAGAAUGGAGGCAGUACAAGCAAGAAAACAACGGUUAAUUUCCGGUGCCUUAACCGAUCAAGAGGUUCGAACUGCGCGAAUUGAAGAGUUGAAGAUGCUUUUUACUGGAAGUUGAUGCAGUAAAUGAAUCACAAAGAUUUCCUAAUGCCCAUGAAGCUCUUGGAUGGCAAUGGCAAUGGCAAAUCACAUGGUUAAUGACCUCAGAAAUUAGUCGGCUCAAGGCCAUUUUUAUGCAAAGCCGACAGAUUUUGUUGUCUGAGAUCUGAUUUGGUUACAGUAUUGUUAUUGUUAUUGUUUUUUUUUAUGGGUUUUAGAGUAGAAGUGGAGAGCUUACUGUAAAUUAAAUAAAAUUAUCUGAACGAAUUCUGUACAGGUCAUGGAGAUUAAAAGUUGGGUUUAUUAGUGGGUUAGAACACAGAACAAUGAUGUGUUUAUUGGGUGAAGGCUUUGAAAUCUUACAGAAGGGGGAAACGAGCAUUGUUUACAAACCAUUAUUAUGUGAUUAAUACUUUAAAAAGCUAUUAUAUUUCUGA